CUCUGACGUGCGAUGCCCUCGAUCGAGGCAGUGUUGGCUUCGGCAAAGCCGCCUGCUGGCACUUGCUCCCAUCAAACUGCUGGCAUGCCUUCCGGGAUUCGGAGAGCUUAUCCACGGGCACGUCAGCGUCGUGGGCCUGCUGCAGAUCGAGGGCCACGGGCCGUUGGUUCAGGACCCUGACCCCACGAAAUGGCAGAUCAUUGCGGUAUUCAUAGACCCCCGUGACGGGGGAUA